CUCGCCAGAAUGGCUAUAUCAUCGAAGACUGUUGUCGCACUCUUGUGCGUUUUUACGAGUGCUCGUCUUAUUGUCUGCCAGGUCAGCCAAAUCCAACACCAUUUUACCAUGCAGCAAAACAGCCGACUCACGGGGAGCGCCUUCACCGAGAGAUCGGCAGUCGGCUCGGCCGUACGAUGUUCAGCUCUCUGCUCCCAGCAUUCCCACUGUGUCUCUUUCAACUAUGCCAAGAACCUUCGCCUCUGCGAGCUGAAUCGGAACACUAGCCGUAGCGACCCAGAGAAGCUGGAGACAGAUGACCGCUUCAAAUACUACGAAAUCAUGAACCAAAAGACUGAAGAUCUGAAAACUGCCUUUUCCACUACAAUCAUGCAAACAACAACGGAACAAAUUACAAAGCCAGCUACAACUGAACCAGCAACGAUGGAUUUAACUACCACUGAACAAACUACAAUUGAACCAACCAUUAUAGAACCAAGUACAGUGGAGCCAACUACCACUCAACCAACUACGACAAAGCCGGCUACAACGGAGCCAACCACAAGGGAACCAACUACAACCAAAUCUACUUCAGUAGAGGCAACCACCACCGUGGUUCAGUCUUCAGUGGAACCAUCUACGAUGGUACCAACCACAACUGAACCAACUACAGUGGAAGCACGUUCCACCGAAGCCACUACAAUAGAGCCAACUACUAUGCAGCCCACUACAAUGGAACCAACCACAGAACCAGCAACAACAAAACCAACUACGUCGGAGCCCACUACAAAAGAACCGACAACAGAACCAACUACAAUGGAGCAGACCACGGCAGAACCAAGCACAAUCGAACAGACUACAGAUGGUUCUGUGAUACCAACAGGUAUGAUUCGAGAAUCAUGCUCCGCGCUCAGACAGGCUGGGUACACCACCGACGGCUAUUACAUGAUUGAUCCAGAUGGAAUAGGCACCGGAGAAGAACCAUUCCGCGUACACUGCUCGAGCAUGGCAGCGAUUGGGUGGACAACCGUGGACCAUACAACAUCGGGCCAGUCAUUAAAUGUGACGUCAAAUCCAUAUGACGUGACUAUCAGCUAUUACGCCAACCAAGACCAGAUUGAAGCUCUAAUGGCUGUCUCAAUGAGUUGCAACCAGUUCCUGAAGGCCGAGUGCUGGAACGCCAAGUUAUGGGACGGCAUCGAUCAACUGGCUUGGUGGGAGUCGGCCCAAGGUGGCCAGAUGAGCAAUUGGGCUGGGGAAGCGACUGGCAACGAAGGAUGUAGAUGCUUUUCAACCGGAACUUGUGCUGGAGGAAACGCGGCGUCCCGUUGUAACUGCGGCGGCCUGUCCGACACCUGGACGAAAGACGACGGGCGACUGAACGAUUUAAGCCGGCUGCCGGUGGUGGCGCUACACUUCGAGCAAGUAACGCCCCCUUCGAGCCAGAUAAUCUAUAAGUUGGAUGCCCUCAGAUGUUAUACCAAAUUCCCGUGAUGAGAGAUCUGGAGCGUUCUCCUUCAGUUUAUUGGACAUCUCUAUUGUAUUUCGUGAAAGGCAAACCACUUGUAAUAGCAAACGGAAGAUUCCAGUGCAUUUUGUAGUAACAAAGACUACACAGUUUGUCGUUUCUCAGUAAAAAGGGUAAUGUGGUGUAUUCAAAGAAAGACUGCUGGUGACA